CGUGUUUUAAUUCAACUUUAAAGUUUACUAAACAAAACAAAAUAAUUUAAUUAUGCGUGUUCUUCCGAUAACACGAAAACCACAUACAUAAAACCACGAUAAGAUUUAUUGGUUUACAAGCGACGCAAAAAACGUGAAUUGAAUUAAAACCUAUUCAUUUGCGCGCAGCACUACACACAUACUCAUUUUUGGACAUAUAUUUUGCAAUAUUUUUGAUACAUUGAUACUGAUCGACAUUGGUAUUUUAAGAGGAUAUACUUUAAACAAAGAAACAUCGAUUAGAUCCAUAUCUAUAUCUUGUAUAUAAAAGGAGAUUCAAAUAUCUUAAAUCUGUUCAUCAAGAUGAAUACUGUAGCAGCGGUCGUUGUUUUCUUAGGAGUUCUCUCUUUGGCAGCUGGCCAAUCUUGUCCUAGAAUUGUAACUAGGGCAGAAUGGGGAGCUAGAGCCGCAAGUACAUCUGUUUUACCCACUUUCCCACCAACCCACGUUGUAAUCCAUCACACCGUUACCGGUGCUUGCACUACCAUUGCUGCUUGCUCUCAAAUUAUGAGAAGCAUGCAAAACCACCAUAUUGAUGGAAACGGUUGGGCUGAUAUUGGAUACAAUUUCGUUGUUGGUGGUGAUGGUAACGUUUACACUGGUAGAGGAUGGAACAGACAAGGAGCUCACACCGUUAACUUCAAUUCAAGAAGUAUUGGAAUUGCUUUCAUUGGAACCUUUACUUCCGGUAACCCAACCGCUGCCGCUCAAAACGCCGCUCAACAACUUAUCGCUUGCGGUGUCGCUCAAGGACAAAUUGCAAGGAAUUAUAGAUUGAUGGGACAUCGUCAAGGAGCUGCUACAGCUUGUCCAGGAAACACACUCUUCGCAACCAUUCAAAGAUGGCCCAACUGGACUUCUAACCCUUAAAUAUUUUGUAACACAAACCAUUUCUGAUAUUAUAUGAUUUAUUGACAAAUCUUAAAAAUUUGACGUUUAAUAAAAAAUUGUAAUGUUG